AUGGACUUCCCUGAAAAGGGGAAGCGAUUUGAAUCUUUUUCAAGUGUGGACUCACUCACAUCUCCAAAGGGGCCUCCGUCUAAAACUUGUAGCGUUUCCAGCUUUGGUGAGCAGGGGAUUGAUGACAGGUACGAGGAUACUUUUAUAGUGGGCGAGUACCGCUUGUCCUCUUGCCCCAUUUGUUUGGAGCGGUUCACGCUAGACAACCCUGCGAUUGUCUUUGUGUGUGGGCAUGGCUUUCACCUGCAGUGUCUUGAGGGUUGGAGGCAGCGGGCCGCCAUAUGUCCUGUCUGCAUGAAGCCCAUGCUCGGUGAGGGGAUUCCCAUGAUGUCUGCUCGUGAUACACGGCGGCGACGGCGCUACAAGGGCGUCAAUAGUGCCGGCAUGACUUCAACUUCUGCGGAGGAAAGCAAUGUUCCUGGCGUCUGUGAUAAACCAACUGUUGGGGGAUCCCAUUAUGGCACCAUCUAG